AUGGGGCUCCCCGGAGAUGUCCUGCUCUGCCUCUUAGGAGCUGUCCUCUGCUUGGCAGGGUCCCAAGCUUUGCAGUGCUACAGCUUCGAGCACACCUACUUCGGGCCCUUCGACCUCAGCGCCCUGAGGCUCCCCCGUGUGUCCUGCACCCAGGGGUGCUCCGAGGUGCUGCUGUCGCUGGACACUGGGUACCGGACACCGGUGACCCUGGUGCGGAAGGGCUGCUGGACCGGCCCCAUCACAGGCCCCAUGGAGUCCAACCAGGACGCGCUGCCGCCCGACUACGCGGUGGUCCGCGGCUGUGCCAGCGACUUGUGCAACAUGGACCUCCGGACUCACGAGAGCAUCCCGAACCUGAGCCACGCUCCUGACCCGCCCCGGCUCAGCGGCACCGAGUGCUACGCCUGCGUGGGGGUGAACCCCGAGGACUGCUCCCCCGAAAAGUCCCGUCGGGUCCAGUGUCACCAGGACCAGAGCGCCUGCUUCCAGGGCAGCGGCCGGAUGAACAUCGGCAACUUCUCGGUGCCCGUGUACAUCAGGACCUGCCAGCGGCCGGCCUGCACCACCAUGGGCACCACCAGCCCCUGGACGUCCAUCGACCUUCAGGGCUCCUGCUGCCAGGGGCACCUGUGCAACGCGGGCGCCGUGGACCAGCCCUUCCUGUCGGCCGCCCCUGCCCGGGCGCCCCGGCUCCUGGCCCUGCUCCUCGCUGCCCCCAUGCUGGCCCUUGCCAUCGCAGGGCCCCUGGGACUCGUGGCAUAG